AUGAGCUCCGAUUAUGCUCGCACAAUCUUCAAUCAAGUUGAUACCAACCGUGAUGGUGCCAUCGAUAGAAAUGAAUUUCAACAAUGGAUCAGUAGUAACCGAGGUGGUGCUAGCUUUGAUGGUGCAUCAGGCUAUGGAUCAUCAUCAUUUGGUAGCUCUGGAUUUGGCGCAGGUGCUGGUUUAGCUGGUGGUAACUAUGGUAGUUCAUCAAGCUAUGAAUCAUCAGGCAACAGUGGAUACGGUGCUAAUGCUGGAUUCGGUGCUUCUGCUGGAUUUGGUGGUGCAUCAAACUAUGGAUCAUCAUCAUCAAACCAAUCAUCAAGUAACGGACUUGGGAGUCAAACAUACAGUUCACAAACAAAUGUUCAAAGAUAUGCAACUGAUGCUCAAGGACUCUUUCAAGAUGCAAACCCACAAAUCAUCCGUCGCCCAGCUCCAGGUGGUGUUCAAACCUACACACAAAACAUCAAAGUUCGCUUCCUUCAACCACCACCAAUCCCACCACCAGGUCCACUCAUCAUCAAAGAAGUUCGUGCACCUCAACCACCUCCACCACCACCUCUUCGCAUUCGUCAACAAGCUCCAUCUCUUCCUCAACCACCCCCACUCGUUCUUCGUGAAAGACCACCACAACCACCAGCUUCACUUGCUUCACAAACUGUCAUUCGUCGUUUAGCUGCUUUACCAGUUCCACCACGAUCAGUCAUCAUUGAACGUAUGCCACCCCUCCCACCUAAACCACGUGAUGUCAUCAUCGAACGAUGGGUUCCAUAUGGAGCACAAGCUAAACGUCGUACAAUUGUACAACGUGCACAAGCUGCUCAACAAUAUGCUAAACCACGUAAUGUUAUCAUUCAAUACGAACCCUCACAAGUACGUGUUGUUCGUCAAUUCCAACGACUCGGUGUUACCCAAUCUAACCCACAAGCUUAUGUUCAACAAUAUGGUGCUUCACUCCUUACUUCAGCCGUACUUUUACAACAAGCUCGUGCUGCUGGUGUCGUUGAAGACAUCUCACCUCCCGCUGUUGCUGGUGCUGCUGUUGGUUUCAGUGCUGCAUCAUAUGGUCAAGAAAGCCAAAGUGCCCAAGCAUCAUCAUCACGCUUUGAAAGCAACAGCUUCGGCUCAAAUGCUGGUGCUAGCUUUGGUGGUGCUGGUGCUAGCUUCGGUGGUGCUAAUGCUAGUUUUGGUGCUGAUGCUGGUUUCAGUGGUGCUGGUGCUAGUUUUGGUGCUGAUGCCGGUUUCGGUGGUGCUAGCUUUGGCGGUGCUGAUGCUGGUUUUGAUGCUACUGGUGCUCGAUCUUCAUCAUAUGAAUCAUCAAGCAACGGUGGAUUCGGUGCCGAUGCCGGAUUUGGUGGUGCUGCUGCUGGAUUUGGUGCUGGUGCUGGUUUAGGUGGUGGAUUUCAAUCAUCUUCCUCAUCAUUUGAAUCGAACUCUGUUGGUGGUGCCGGAUUCUGUGGUGCUGGUGCUAGCUUUGGUGGUGCUAGUGCUGGAGGCAGUGGAUUCGAUGUUGUCGAUGCUGCUUUCCGAAAUGCUGAUCAAGAUCAAGAUGGAAAACUUAACCGUGCUGAGUUUCUUCGUUUCGUUCAACAAGGUUUAUAA